UAUGGAACAUCCGGGAAUUAUAGGGAGUAGGACUUACUCGUCAGUGCGUCCGACAGAAUUCACCUUCCGCAGUGAACAACAAGUAACAUGGGGUUGUAGCGUUAUCUGGGUCGAAUAAUCAUGUUGACCUUCAAAGCAUUACAGAGGAACAAAACCCUUAAAUAUGGAGUUCCCAUGUUGUUGCUGGUAGUGGGAGGUUCCUUUGGGCUCCGGGAGUUCACACAGAUCCGCUACGAUGCUCAGAAGAUCAUGAAGAAGCUGGAUCCCACCCUAGAGGCCAAGGUGAACCCCCAGAAACAGUCUGUUAUCCUGGAGGAGGAGUACCAGAAGAUGAAGGAUAUAAACCUGGAGGAGUGGAGGAACAUCAGAGGUCCUCGUCCCUGGGAAGACUCCAAGGAAUACCAAGAGCAGCAGCGCUCCAGACAGGGCAAGGCAGCGUGAUGGAGAUAUGCCUCGGAAUACCGCUGACCAGAGGCCCGUACGGUUUGCAACAGGAUAUACUGAGUGAGAUGGGAAGACACAGGGCCAAGUUAUCACCAAGGCCAAUGGCUUGAGGAAUGUAAUAUGUAUUUAUCGUCGUAACUCAAAGUAACGAAACCUUUGAGUCAAUGAGAGUUUUGGAAAUGGACAGUUGAAUCUGUGAUCCAAUUGUAUGUAAACAACAAAUGUGCAUGUCUUAUAUGUUAUAUAAAAAAAUGUCAUGUUUUGAAA